AUGGGCGCAGUCGUUAAUCUUGCUCUCAAGACAGACUACCUCGCUGUUGCAGCGCCUCCAGCACCAGGGACGUCAGGAGCUGAUGCAAACGAUGAUCUGAACAUCCGAAACAUCGCCAUCAUUGCCCACGUCGAUCACGGCAAGACCACGCUGGUGGAUGCCAUGCUGCGGCAGAGCAAGGUUUUCCGCGCCAACCAGGUCGUGGAUGAGAGGGUCAUGGACUCCAAUGACCUGGAGCGCGAGAGGGGCAUCACCAUUCUGUCCAAGAACACCGCUGUGCGCUACCUGGGCAUCAAGAUCAACAUCAUUGACACUCCUGGUCACGCUGACUUCGGUGGUGAAGUGGAGCGCGUCUUGAACAUGUGUGAUGGUGUGCUACUUCUUGUGGACUCUGUCGAGGGUCCCAUGCCACAGACCCGCUUCGUGCUGCGGAAAGCAUUGGCAUUGGACAAGAAGGUCAUUGUGGUCGUGAACAAGAUUGACAGGCCUGCAGCGAGGCCAGACUUCGUGAUUGAUGCCACGUUUGAUCUUUUCUGCGAGCUCUGCGCAACCGAUGAGCAGUGCGACUUCCCAGUCGUGUACGCCAGCGGAGUGAAUGGCAUUGCUGGGGGGUCCCCAUCAGAGCUGUCUGACGAUCUGGCACCGCUCUUCGAGGCUAUUGUGCGCGAGGUGUCCCCUCCCAAGGUCACCCUGAACGGCCCACUGCAGCUGCUCAUCACAAACCUGGAUUACGAUGAGCACAAGGGCCGCAUCGCUAUCGGCAAAGUCACCUCUGGCAGCAUCUCACGUGCAGAGACCAUCCUCAUUGGACGACCUGAUGAGAAGCUGAGGGGAGGAAAGGUGUCGGAGCUCUUUGUGUACGAUAACUUCUCGCGCGUGCCGGUGGACGUAGUGCAGGCUGGUGACAUCUGUGCCCUGACCGGCCUCAGCGACGUAUCCAUUGGCGAGACUGUGUGCAGCAGAGAGAACCCAGUGCCGCUGCCCACCAUCACGGUGGAGGAGCCGACAGUGCGCAUGACGUUCAUGGUGAACACUUCGCCAUUCGCCGGGCGGGAGGGCAAGUUUGUGACCAGCCGCAACAUCAAGGACCGGCUGGACCGCGAGCUGGAGCGCAACCUGGCGCUGCGCGUGGAGCCCGGCCAGACGGCCGACCAGUUUGUGGUGUCCGGCCGCGGCGCGCUCCACCUCUCCAUCCUCAUCGAGAACAUGCGCCGCGAGGGCUUCGAAUUCCAAGUCGGCCCGCCCAAGGUCAUCACCCAGAAGGACAAGAAUGACAAGACAUUGGAGCCGUAUGAGGAGGCGGUGGUUGAGGUGCCGGAGACGCACAUGGGCGGAGUGGUGGACCUCAUGGGCAGCCGCAAGGGGCAGAUGGUCGACAUGUCCGCCAGCGCUGAGGGCCUCAAUCGCGUCACCUACGUCAUCCCCACCCGCGGCCUCCUGGGUUUGCGGAACUCCAUCCUCACCGCCACCAAGGGAACGGCAGUCCUGAACACAGUGUUCAAGGAGUACGGUCCUUGGGCGGGGGACAUCAACACCCGGGAGCUGGGCAGUCUUGUGGCGUUUGAGACUGGCUCUGUGACCGGCUACGCCAUUGAGAGCGUGCAGCAGAGGGGCCGCCUGUUCGCCUCCCCUGGACAGGAGGUCUAUGUGGACCAGGUCAUUGGGAUCCACCAGCGCGCAGGCGACUUGAAGGUAAAUGUGUGCAAGAAGAAGGCCGUGACCAACAUGCGCGCGUCCGGCACAGACAACAAGACCCCCCUGGUGGAGCCCAUCAUCAUGGGCCUGGACGAAGCCCUGGAAUACAUCGUGGAUGAUGAGAUGGUGGAGGUGACGCCGAUGAGUGUGCGCAUCCGCAAGGCCCCCCUCGCCAAGCGCCCGGGCCAGAAGUAGGGCGCAGCUGCGGAGUUGCCCCACCUUGAAGGCCGCAUCCAGCUGACUGCUCAAGAACCUAUUCUUUCAUGCUGUACAAUUGCAAAUCCUUGUGUGUUUGACUUUAGAGUGGUGGCCUGAAAAUUUAGAAUUUUAUUUCACUUCAGUUUCUUAUUCUAGACAGGCUCUGCAGGUGUUUCUGCAUAGCAUGUGGCUGGUAGUUGCACAUGCACAUUUAGAAACAUGUGCCAAGUAUCUGUGACACCGAUUGCGUACACCAAGCUCCAAGCAUGCUCGGAUUGGCACCAUUGCAGAUGCAUUGUACCCAUUGCCAGCAACAACAUUUUUUGCUUGGAGAACCUUACCUUAAUUUGGUAAAUGAGGCGUUUGAGUGAGCGCACAUGGUGACGGAGUUUUGGGACUGUCAGGCACAGCGCCAUCAUGACUGGUGGCUAUGGUUUGGGCAGAUCUGUGCAUAGUUGUGUUGGUGCCAGCAGCUUCAUGCCCUAGAACGGAUGAUUGGUUUAAAUUUACAUGUUAUUGAGCAUGGUCUGUAAUGUGGAAAGC